UUAGCGCUCUUCCCCCCCCACCUCUCGGCCUAGGAUUGUCGCGGUCUCCUGCUUGGCUUGGCGAUCCGGGGGAGUUCCUCCAGCCCCCCAAAACCGCCACCAUGAAUAAACUCUACAUCGGCAAUUUGAACGAGAACGUCACCCCAGCAGACUUGGAGAAAGUGUUUGCGGAGCAUAAGAUCUCCUAUAGCGGCCAGUUCUUGGUCAAAUCCGGCUACGCCUUCGUGGACUGCCCCGACGAACACUGGGCGAUGAAAGCCAUCGAAACUUUCUCCGGGAAAGUGGAACUGCAGGGCAAAAGACUGGAAAUUGAACACUCUGUUCCCAAAAAACAAAGGAGCCGUAAAAUUCAGAUCCGAAAUAUCCCACCCCAGCUUCGAUGGGAGGUGUUGGACAGCCUGCUGGCUCAGUAUGGCACAGUGGAGAGUUGCGAACAAGUGAACACCGAGAGCGAGACUGCAGUGGUGAAUGUUACCUAUUCCAACCGGGAGCAGACCAGGCAAGCCAUCAUGAAGUUGAAUGGUCACCAGCUGGAGAACCACUCACUAAAGGUCUCCUACAUCCCAGAUGAGCAGAUGGCUCAGGGUCCUGAGAAUGGUCGCCGGGGUGGCUUUAAUUCCAGGGGUCAGCCCCGCCAGGGCUCACCUGUGGUGGCAGGUGCUCCCUCCAAACAACAGCCAGUUGACAUUCCCCUGAGGCUCCUAGUACCCACUCAGUAUGUGGGUGCCAUCAUUGGCAAGGAAGGAGCCACCAUCCGUAACAUUACUAAACAGACCCAGUCUAAAAUUGAUGUUCACCGAAAGGAGAAUGCUGGAGCAGCCGAGAAGGCUAUCAGCAUUCAUUCUACUCCAGAAGGGUGCUCUUCUGCUUGCAAGAUGAUUCUGGAAAUCAUGCAGAAAGAAGCAAAAGAUACCAAGACAGCUGAUGAGGUUCCCCUGAAGAUCCUGGCCCACAAUAAUUUUGUGGGACGUCUAAUUGGCAAAGAAGGACGAAACCUGAAAAAAGUGGAACAGGAUACAGAGACCAAAAUCACCAUUUCUUCGUUGCAGGACUUGACCCUUUACAAUCCUGAAAGGACCAUUACAGUUAAGGGCUCUAUUGAGAACUGCUGUAAAGCUGAGCAGGAGAUUAUGAAGAAAGUUCGGGAGGCCUAUGAGAAUGAUGUUGCAGCCAUGAGUCUACAAUCUCAUUUGAUCCCCGGCCUCAACUUGGCUGCUGUGGGCCUCUUCCCAGCCUCAUCCAGUGCUGUUCCUCCACCUCCAAGCAGUGUCUCAGGGGCUGCCCCUUAUAGCUCUUUCAUGCAGGCCCCAGAGCAGGAGAUGGUACAGGUAUUCAUCCCUGCCCAGGCAGUGGGUGCCAUCAUUGGCAAGAAGGGGCAGCACAUCAAACAGCUCUCAAGGUUUGCCAGCGCCUCCAUCAAGAUUGCUCCCCCAGAAACCCCGGAUUCCAAAGUUCGGAUGGUCAUCAUCACUGGACCCCCGGAGGCUCAAUUUAAGGCUCAAGGAAGAAUCUAUGGAAAGCUCAAGGAGGAGAACUUUUUUGGUCCUAAGGAAGAGGUAAAACUGGAAACCCACAUCAGGGUGCCUGCAUCAGCAGCUGGCAGAGUCAUUGGCAAAGGUGGCAAAACUGUCAAUGAGCUGCAGAACUUGACAGCAGCUGAAGUUGUGGUGCCCAGAGAUCAGACUCCUGAUGAAAAUGAGCAAGUCAUUGUCAAGAUCAUUGGACACUUCUAUGCUAGCCAGAUGGCCCAGCGCAAGAUCCGAGACAUCCUUGCUCAGGUGAAGCAACAGCACCAGAAGGGACAGAACAACCAGACCCAGCCAAGGAGGAAAUGAUCUGCCUCCUACCCUAUUGGCCCAGGACAGAAAAAGUAGAAAUCAAAAGAGAGCAGCAAGCUUAAGAAUGAGUGGGAAUCAGGGAGGUACCAUCAAGGAUUGAAUCAGAAUUUUCCACCCUUUAAAACAUGUUUCAAUAAGGAAGGCUGAUUAUUCUAAAAGAUCAAACCAAUUGGCUCAAACUUAUUGUUUGCCCUUCCCCUGGGCAUUCCUCUUCCAAAUUUAUAGCUCAGUGACAAUUGCUUUUAAAUGUGGAUUGUUAUAUUCAAGCUCUUGUUCUCCUACAUCAUGAAAGAAAUAGAAAUAUCCCUUAUUGAAUAUCCUGUGUGAGCAUCCCAAAUAUGAAUGCCCCAUAUUGAGGAGGGGGAACCUCUUGGAAACGUCAUUUGCUUUUGAAAACAAUACCCCCAAAUCUUACCUCUCAUUUGAUAAAAGUAUUCUGACCCUCAUUCCUCAGUGGACUAUAUUUAGUCAUGUUGGUUUCAUCUUCCUUAUAAUGGAAAAAAGGGAACUGUUGAUAUAUGUUGUCCAUAGCCCUAGGUAUCUCAAUAUUGCUCUAAAGGGAGAGUCCAUUAUCCCAGGGAGUAGAAUAUAAUCAUUCUUACCCUUUAAACUCAAUAGAAUGGAAAAAAAAAAAAAAAACACUUUGAAUUACAAUGAUCCACAUUUAAGAGAGUCAUUUGGGCUUGAUCUUAAGCACGUAAUUCUGGGGAGAAAUUUUUUCCAACCCUUAUUAGGGUUUUCCCUCAUGAAACUCCUUCUUUACUACAUGGAUCCACGUAUGUUGUGCUGGGUCCAUGAUAGGGGUCAAGCUGCCAUCCCUGAUUCCCAUCACUCUUAGGCUGAUUUUAUAUUUUUAAAAGUCUGUUUUAAUAAUUGGAUGUGAGAAUCAAGAAGGGGAAAUGAUAGUUCCCCUUGGCAAAGCCUCAGCUCCAUUGAGGACCUGGGUAAUCCUGUGGUGCUUCCCACUCCUAGCCCUUGUGGUUGGGAUGAGAUGAUAUCAAGUCUCUCCUCUGGUAUCAGGGGAGCAGACAAAGCUUUGGGGAGCACUGACUGGUCUUGGGAAAGCUCAUGGAAAAUGAGGAGAUGAAUAGUCCCUCUUCUUCCCUCUCUGAGGAUGGGACUUUGACUUCUAUUUACCCUGAGCUCCAUAGAAAUGUUAAGUCCAUUAACUGGCAAGUGUUCCUCAACAAUCAGCCCAUCAGAAAGGGAAGCUGCUGUUCCUACUUUCUCCUGAUGGAUUAUUUGUGUGACUGUAAGCUUAUGCCCUCCCUGGCUGCUGUUGGCCCAAAGAAAAGGUGCUAAAAAAAAAUUAAUAAUAGUCUAAUACCUUGGGAACGAAAGGGUGAAUCAGAAAUAAAUUCACCUUCCCAGGUUUAACAGACAUGGGUUUGGAAACACUGACAAGGCCAAAGGAAGGCAGCAGCUAUCAGUUUCAUUUAGACCCAUCAUUAUGUGGUGGAGGAAAUGACCAACUUGGGUACCACCUAAUUAGCUGAUUGUUGCUGGACACCAAGCUGGGUGAUGAACUUUAUGACACCCUGGAAAAUGCUGUCGCGUGUGUUGGGAAGAGAGGAAGGUCUGUGCACCUGUGGGAAAGCCACAUGCAUGAAGUUACCUUCCUUCCCACCUUGCAACAAAACCCAAGAUGUGGGUGGAGUCAGGUGAUGCUGUGUGUGAUAGUAAAACUACCUCAAGGUAUGAAAUUACCUCAGCAAUUGUCCCCAAUCCCCCCCCACCCUUUUUUUUUUCUUUUUUUCUUUUUGUUCCCUUUUUCCCUUUUUUUUUUUUUUCUUAUUUUGGCUUGCUGAUAUUUUAUAUAAGAGAGAAAAACAAAAAAGCAAAAGAAGCUGAUAGUCUUGAAUAUUUUAUUUUUUUAAUGAAAAAAAAAAGAAGAAAGUUACGUUUCAUAAAUUUCUUAUACAUGAGCCAGUCACCAGAUAGGAACUCUGAAUGGAGAACAGGCCUAGUGGGAGAAAAACUGCUGGAAUUUUCCUGGGGCAGAGCUAGGGAAAAUACUGAAAGUGGUGUGGGAUUAAACUGCUCCACCUCUAUUUUGACUUUCAGAGUCCAAAAACUGUUUGCCCCAGCUAAAGAAACUUUGCCUAUCUGGCUCUUUGCCCAAAUUCUGGGAAAUAAAAUGCAAUGUGCUAUGGAAGGUCUCACAAUGACCCUCAUCAAGAGCAGCACGUCUAGUAGCCCACCCCUUUUGCCCCCCUCCCCCCACUCUUCAUUUUCCUUGGUCAAAGACCCUUCCAGCUGGUUUUCCCCCACUUGUGGCACUGUUGAAAUAUUUUGCAAAUAUUGCCUCUGUUUUAUCGAGGAGAAAAAAAAAAAAUCAAAAGCGGAACAAACCAACCCUCUAAAAAUUCCCCCAGUCUAUCUGUGUCUAAAAUUUGGGAGCCAAGACUUUAUGCACAGAAGAAAAACAAAACAUAGGGUUGACCCAUCUGCCCCAAAGAGAGGCCUACCUGGUUUUUCACUAUAGUUGCAUUGUCUUUGUUCUUUUUGACCCAAUUCCAUCUUUGCUGCUCCUCUCACUUUCGACCUGUAGGGACAAACAGAAACCAUUGCCUGUUCCCAGAGUCCCUCGCCUCCUUUUCAUUGGAAUGGUCAGAUUUUAAACAUGGAACCUGGCUUGGAGCAUUUUUGGUCUUUAGGUUGGUGAUCGUGGGGCUCAAGUGGCAAUUUUUGAGACGGAGCCCUUACUGCAGGACAGUUUUUCCAUUGGCUGUCACAGAUUUGCCCCACCUUCUCCGGCCUCUUCCCAAGCUUCCACAUCCAUCUCUUCCUAAGAGAUGACGCAAACAGCCUUUUGAGACAGAUAAGGCCAGUGUAAUUUAGCUCCUUGCCUAUCCCAAUAGCAAAAAGGGUCUCCCAAUUUCUUUCAACCUCUGGCUCUACAUACUUCCUCCUAAUUGAAGCAGAAAACAGUUUAUUCAGACAUCGGCAGUUGAUAAUUUAAAGCCAAUUUCCAGCAGCAAGCAUGUUUUGAUACCUGGUUCAGACUGUUUUAUCAGAGAAAAAAAUACCCCACAGUAUAUCUGACAUCUUAUUGUUGCAGCGUUCAUUUUCCUUGGGAUCCUAUUCCCCUCACCUCCUCACCCCCUUCUCCCUUUUUUGCCAAUCUUGGUGACUUGGGGAGAGCAGAGUGGGGACUUUGACUGUAAUACACGACUCACUUGAACUGAGUGAGACAUACAUUCAUAGGUAGCCUUAGUUUGCCUAGCAGGGAAAUGGGGGGCGGGUGAAACUCCCGGGGAAUAUGGACUUUUGGUUAUAGCAGAAGGUUUGCAAAGGGAUCAGAGGCUCUGCUUUGGUGGGGUCUUCUUAUUCCCAUUGGCUAAUUGUAAUUAGGGCUCUUCUUUCGCCCGCUCCCCAUGGUGCCUUCACUUCCCUGUUGGUGAAGAAGAGAAAACAAACUGGCUAAAAGCACUUGGGAGACUUGGAUGAAAUGACUUGAUAAAGGCGACUUUUUAAAAAGCCACUUCUGUGCUGAGAUAGAUACAUAUGUAUUCUAUAUAUUUUUAAGAAAGGACCAUCUCUUCUCUUAGGAUAUUGUUUUUAAUUCUUUGAAUCCCAUUGAAAAACAGAAUGGUUUGAUCCACUGACUUACUUUGAAGCUGCAUCUGCCAAUCCCAUCCUUUCCCAUCUCUCACAAAUCCCACCCAUAGACCGAUUUCCAAGGGUUCAACCCAAAGGUCUAAGGCUGGGUCCUUUUUUGGCUUGUGUAUUCAACCCCUGUGAGAUGCUCAUCCUACCACCUCACAACUUCCUUACCCCAUCAAAAAAAAAAAAAAAAAGAAAGAAAGAAAAAUUAAUCUUAUUAUUUCCCCUUCCCUGAACUCUCCACAUAUCAGGGAAACAGGAGCUUUUCCUUUGCUCCACUACCAAGCAGAACUGGUUCUGUGUGGCCAUUUUCCUCUGUGCCAAAGACUGACAGAGAGAGUGACCAUUUCUGGAAGAAGGCAAUAACUAUUCUCCAGACCUAUUCUCAGAUCCCUUGGUGUGCCUGUUGGAGAAGGGCUCUGGAAGAAGUCGGGUCUGGGAUUGUAGAUUGCUGAAAGAUGAGGCAAAAGUUCUGUGGGGGACAUGCUGGAGGAGCUUUUGCCACAGAUAGAGAGUUCAAAAGGGGGCCUACCUUAAUGGCUGCCCCCCUCCUUAUGGUCAUUUGGCUCCUGGUUGCACUUUUGGGAAUGACAGGGAGUUGAGGGCUCUGAAGAUCUGAGCAUUCCUGCCCAACCACUUUGCUUCUUGCUUCACUGGAAAGCAAAGUGGAGGCAGUGUUGGUUAAGGGAAGAAGCUGAGGUUUGUAGGGGAGAUUAAAAAAAAAAAAGCUUGAGCACCAUUCCCUACUCUCCCAUCAACUUCUUUCUCCUCAUCCCCCCUCCUUCCCAGCCAACAUAGCCCUCUGCCAAAUGGGGGAACAGAAAUGCUACUUAACUACCUCACCGAGCCUGAUGGAAGAGUUGGUGGGGAGGAUGUGAGAGAAGAGCCCAGAGCUCUCCCCUGAUGUCUCUGGGGAUUAGCAACAGCUUCUCAGACUUCUACCUGACUUUCUACUCAGGUGGAAGCAGGAGGAGCCCUCACUUUCUCCCCCUCCAUCUCCAGUGUUUUUCUGAGCUUUCUGAUUCCCUUUCCCUCUUGCUCAGUUCACUCUGGGGUAAAUAUUCAAAUGGAUAACAAUUUAGUGUAUUUCUAAGUAUGAACUCAGGGGACAGGAAGCCUUUUUACCCAGCAAGGCACUAGUAAAUAACAAAAAGGUAGAAGAACCAUCCCUCUGUUCGUAGGGGAUAGACACAAGCCAUUUUCCUCCCAGAUACAUCCAUCCUUUAGAUGCAGAAUAAUUAUCCUGAACACAGACUAGGAAUGACACCAGUUGAAGACUUCAGUUUCUUUCCUUCAGAUACAUAAGGCUUCUCAUUUGGGUGCCCAGGAACAGGAAGGACGCCUCAAGACUGAAGAUGGAUUUGGAAGAGUGAGGGGAGUUUUGGAAGGGAUGAUGGCAAGAAACCAGAUCCUUAUCCCAUUCCUCCCCACCUCUCCGCUGGCUUUUAUUUAGCACCAUCCCUGGGGCAGGAUUUAUUGGCAGUGCCGUCCUGUAGGGCUGCCAUGAGAGUAUUGUUCCCAGAAGGAUGAGACAAAGAAAAGAAACAAGACAGAAUGUUUUUCUUAAGGAAUAAGCAGGAAGCUCCUUAUGAGCACGUAACCACAGGUGAGACUAGGAGUAAAAAUGGACUAACUACCUCAAUCCUUACAAUAAGAUUGGAAGGAAGAGCAGGGACUACGGAUGAACGGGUGAACGGAUCCACCCUCCCAGCUGCCUAGAGAACACCAGAUGAGGCCCCAGCUCCACGUGAUAACUUGGUAGGGUGGGAGUGGGAUUGGCAGGGCCACAGGAGCCCCUCCUCACCCCCAGGAGAUCUGGAGGCUGGACCAAGGGCACCACCAUCACUACCACCACUACCACCACCUUCCUUGCUCUGGAGCCCCACCUUACUCUCACCUCCAGUUCUUCAACCUGUCUCCCGUCUUGCUUUAAAAGAGGGAUCGGCAGAGGGAGGAGAAGCUUUGGUGGGGCUGAGAUUGGGGCUUGACCUCUCACCUACCAUUCACUCGGCCCAAAAGGUGGAAAGAGGGGAAGAGAGAUUUCUUUGAAAUUCCCUCGAUCCCCCUGCCCUCAAAUAACCCCUUUCUUAAGGGAUCAUUUUGCUCUGUGGGGAGAGGAGGUGGUGCAGGAACCCCCACCUGGGAGCUGAAGGGAACCCCUCCCCCUAUCAGGCUCUCCUCGUCCUGAGGGAACUCCCUUUGGACAAAUCCCCCUCCCCCCACACCCUCCAGUGGCCCUCCUAGAAAACCCAUUUUGAUUUAAAAAAAAUCUACCUCUUAGCAAAACAAUAGAAAAAUUAGAUAGUGGCAAUUCCACAGACUGUAGGUUGGGGUGGGGGGAGGGAUGGGGGAAAGAUUUCUUUUUUCCAAAGAGAAAAAAAAAUAUUACCUUAAAAAUACUUUCCAAAAAUAUAAAAACCAAAAAAAAAAAAAAAAAAAAAAGACAUUUUCCAAUAUUCAAUAGACUGUCUACAUUCCCCCAGUAAUUUUUUCCCUCCCUUAAAUACAUUGCAAUCUUCUGCAACUUUCCCCUCCCAGCCCCCACUCUGAAGAUAUUCGAUUUCUGGGUACAGCAUUCCCCAACUAUCUACAGUGGAUCCCACCCCUAUCCUGUUGGCGGGCCUCGCUUGGGCCCUUUUCACUUCUCUCUCCCCAACACACCUGAGAAUCAGGUCACCCCACAAAAGCCAUUGCUUUGGAGGGCUCCACGCCUUACCCACCAUUGCGCCUGUAAGGGGGGAGGAACUUUUUUUAAUGUAAUAUUUUUUGUGUAGUAAAACUUUUCUUCGCAACUUCAUGUAUAGCAAUGUAAACUAACUCUGGCAGGUAAUACCUAAAAGAAAUACCUGAAUCCCCACUGGAUUCUUCCACUUCAUUUAUUAAAAAAAAAAUACACAAUUCCUACAACCACCACUGAUAACAUCCUGGCCUUGGCAGAAUAUCACAGGCCAUGAACCAUCCCUUCCCACCCCUACCCUCAUGAAUGCUCCAUGUCAUUGCUCCCUCCUCAUUGGAGAAAAGAAUUUUUAAGAAAGGGGUUGGGGGUGGAGUGGGGCUUGUAGUUUUGAAUGUGUCUCAACUUAAGUGCUACCCUCUUUCUAUGUGAUUGUAUUGCCUUGGGAAGUUGUACUUGACUGUAAAUGACCUUUCUUUCUGAUUGUACCCUCCCUAUACCCUCUGCUUUAACCCUGUCCUUUACUCUGUCCUCUGGGGAGGCGGGGCAGCUGGUUCAGACUUUUGGAGUUUGUUCUUUUGAUUUAUGUGGGCUCCAGUUUUCUUUCCAGUGAAGGUUGUUUUAGCCACAAACCGCUUUACUCCACUGUUUCCAUUUUAAAAUAAAAAGAAACUUAUACUGACAAA